UGCUCCCUCUCGCGCGUCAAACAGGGAUAUUUUCGGCCGUCACAGCAUCCCCACAAAAUAUCCCGCGUUGCAAUCGUUUCGGUGGUGUGCUGCAGUGAGUAAAAUAAGAGAUUUGUGUAAAUUCGUUCUUGAAACUGGUUUUUGCGAUAGUUAAGCAUCUUGGGGUGGGCGGUGAAGCGUUACUUUAGUUAAAUUUGCUGUAAAUCAACCGAAUCCAACUACAAACAUAGAAAAAGUCAUGAAAUUUAUGUAACAUUGCCAGCGAUUGGGCAACACGAUCACUUGUUCCUGCACCGUAACGAUGACGUCUAUGACAUUUGGGCAGAAAAAGUUCAUUCCAACUGCACCGGAUAAGGGAAGCUUCCCGCUGGAUCACGGCGGCCAGUGCCGCAAGCUGAUGCUGUUCUAUAUGCGCUGUUUGCGCGAAAACGCCGACGAUAAUUCUGCAUGCCGGGAGGAAUCGAAAGCCUAUCUGCAGUGCCGUAUGGAUAACGACCUGAUGGCAAAGGAAGACUUUGCCAAGCUAGGUUACAGUGAGUCGGAAAAGAGGAAACCAGAACAAUCCUAGUUCAACCCUUCAAUCACCGUGUAAAUAUUCCCCCAACAAAUCAUCAAAAACACACACACACACACACAAUGAAAGUGAAGAAAAACAUUCUCGUCGGAUGUACCGGCAGUGUGGCAACGAUCAAGCUUCCCCUGCUUGUGGAAAAGCUACUUCAGUUGGUCGAUUUUGAGCUGCAAGUACACGUCAUAGUAACCGAACGUGCGCGGCAUUUCUUCACCCCCGAUGAGCUUCCCGGUACGGUCACCCUACACACCGACGAGGAAGAGUGGACCAGCUGGCAGAAGCGCGGUGACCCGGUACUACACAUCGAGCUCGGAAAAUGGGCCGAUCUGCUGGUGAUUGCACCACUCGAUGCUAACAGCCUAGCGAAGAUGGCCAACGGGUUGUGUGACAAUCUGUUGCUCUGCACCACCCGGGCCUGGGAUCCGGCGAAACCGUUACUCUUCUGUCCGGCCAUGAACACGCGCAUGUGGGACCAUCCGAUUACGGGAGCGCAGAUAGCGACGCUUAAAUCAUGGGGCCACCGGGAGAUACCGUGCAUCGCGAAAACGCUCAUGUGCGGUGAUACGGGACUGGGAGCGAUGGCCGAGGUAGACACGAUCGUUAGUACGGUCCGCGAAACGUUACUAGAACAGGGAUGAUUGUUUUAACAUACAGAUAGAGAAAUGCAUUCAAACUUACACACCGAAACAUUCCAACGUGCUGCUGAGUUCGUGUCACCGCGGUUCUUUCAUUUCUGUUCGUUGAUUCAAUUCGAAAUGUGGUUCACAACAAUGUGUUCGUUUUUACAUAUUUUCUUUAUGAAUCUCUUCUUAUCGUGCUACCACAAAUGUAGCUUUUCUUCUCCCCGUUGUUUUCACUUUAUGUGUUUUUCUUGCUUCGUUUUGUUUUGUUCAUACUUUUCGCACGAGUUUUAUUAUCAGUUUGCUGCUCUCUUUUGCUUCUCUGCUUAUUGUGUCAGUUUUAGCUGUUGUAUCGUUUGUGUGUGGCUUCUUCUGCUGUGUUUGUUUUUUUUUCACAGUAGUGUGAUAAUAAAUUACCUUACUUUGUCGUUAGCAUUAUUUGCA